UUUUUUAACUCCAACUUAUUAUCUAAAUUAUAUGUUAACUGAAAAAUUCACGCUCCUAAUGCAACCCAGACACAUCUUAAGCUCCCUCUUCUUCGAUCUCACCGUCAUCGUCUCUCUCCGUCGCUGUCUGUCCGUGUGUAGAAUUCUCUGAUCAGUUUCAUUAUCGUCGUUCGCACAGAUGGCGUCGGAAUUCGGCGGAGGCGACGACUCCAACGUCUCCCUCUUCGAGGGCAUGGUCCUCUUCAGCCCCUCUGAUCUGUCCCCGCCGCCGGAACCUUCCCCCUCGCCCCCGCCGCAGGCAGUGUCGCCUCCUCCUCCUCCUCCUCCCUCCCACUCCCAACCACUCGACGAAGACCUCUUCUCCGAUCUCACCCUCCAAACCCCCCAACCCCUCUCCCCCGAUCCCCCUCCCACCGCCCCCGCCCCGGCUGAUUCCCAUCCCCUUCACCCUCCCCCCUCCCGCCAGAUCUCCCGCAAGAAGAAGCGCGCCGUCCGGAUAGGCUACGCCCGCGACGCCGCCGCCGCUCCCGACGACCCCCCCUCUCCCCUCCCCGGGCCCCUGCCCUUCUCCGCCGGGGAGCCCGCCGUGAUCGCCGCCACCCCAUCGCCGGCCGAAUUGUCCCCGCCGUCUCCCCUUGAAAUCGAUUCGUGUCAGCAUCACGCAAUUCCGGAGUUGCCGGAUCAGUCCAGAGGAGAAUCAGAUGACAAGAGCUCUGAUUCGAUUCUUGAAGAAGACAAGGAUCAGGACAAGGAUCUUCGGUCGGUCGAAGAAGAAAUUGUUCCUUCGGCAGACUGGGCAUCGACGAAAGAUGACGCCUUGGGUAUUGAGGAGAAAUUGGAGCUGGUGAGAGCGCGGAUAUCCAAAAAGCUGGAUUUGCUUAGGCAAAAGUUGGCUUCAGUCGCAGCGGAGAGGAAGGAGCUGGUGAGGAGGCGGAGGAAAGCAGCUGAGAGUGUGAAUUUUGCGUCAGAGAGGUAUAGGGAGCUGGAGAAGGAGCUCGAGGAGGCCUGUGAGGCUGAGGAUUUUGAGCGGGCGGAGAGGGUCAGCGAGAGCCUUGUGGCCGUCGAGAAGGAGAAGGAUGAGCUGCUGAUCAGAUUGAGGGAAGUGGAGAUGGAGUGUGAUUCUGUGGAGUCAAAGAUGCAGGAGAUGCUGGAAUCACAGAUAGUGGCGGAGGAGGAAGGUGCGGUUCUGCUGGAGCAAUUUGCUAAGGAUGCUGCUGAUUCUGCGGCUCUUGUUCUUAAAAAUGCAGAAGACACAUCUUCCAAAAAAUUAGAAGAAUGGCAAUCAUUAAUGGAAUCAUUGGAGAUUAAGAAGCUAGAGGUGGAAAUUGAAUCAUGUCUAACAUCGGAGGCACGUCUGGGAUUGGAGCAUGCAAUAGAUAGUUUAGUUGAAGAUGACAAGAAGGAAAAAGAAAUGCUGAAGAGAAAAGGGGAUAUUCUGGCAAAGGAAUUGGAUGAACUAUUAACAUUGGUGAGAUUGAAGGAAGCAGAGAUUGCUGAGAAUAAUUCUCAAAUCCAAGAAGUCGAGAGUAGAAUUUCUAAUGUGGUAACGGAGUUUCAUGAGACACAAUCUAGUAUUGAUUCAAAGCAUGAUAACCUGCAGGCAACCCUUUUGAAGGUUGAGUCAGAAAGUGAGGCAUUAUUAGUAAAAAAGAAGGAAAUUGAUGAAUUUAUGUAUCUAGCAGAACAAAAGAGGUUGAAACUGAUAGAACUUGCUAGUGUUUCUGCUGGUGAAGCAAAAACUUGUCUGGACUUGGUGGGGUUGAGAAAGAGUUUGGCAUCUUCCUUUUUGAAGUCCAGGGAAGAUAAAGCGAGGCUGGCCAAGACAGAAGAGAAAAUUUUGGAGGACAUCCAAAUACUCAAACAACAAAUCUCUGGUUCAAGAACGACUCUGCAGGAACUAUCAUCAUCAAGGGCAAGCAUUGAGGAAGAUAUUGUUUCGUUUAAGCAGAGAAUAGGCUUUAUUGACAAAAGAGGCCCUGAGCUGGAGGCUGAAAAGAAAGUUGCUGCUGCUGCAAGAAAUUUCAAGGAAGCAGGGCGAAUAGCUGCUGAGGCGAAGACACUGAAUAUUGAAAAGGAAGACUUACAAAAUAGGAUGGAGAAGGCUGUUUCAGAGCUGGAAAAAUUGGAGAAGGAGAUCAAGUGUAUCCUAGACCAAAUACAAGAGAGCGAAGUGCUGAUUUCACAAAAGGAAAAAGAGGCAGCAAUGACGAGUUUUAAGAGGCUUCAGUUGGUAGCCGCUGCUGCUCGGGCGGAGAGGGCAGCAGCUCUUGAAAUGGGUGAUGAAGAAGAAGGUGACAUAUUACUUAAGGAGGCUGAAAGUGCAGAAUGCAAAACAAGGGAGCUUCAAGAAGCGUAUGACCUCAAAUCAGACAACAAUGAGAAGACAUUGGAUCAAUUUGUUUCCAUAGCAUCUAUUGCCAAUCUUGCAGGACAGCAUUUAACUGAAAUGGCUUCAUCUUUAAAACUACCUGUAGCCAGUGGGUGACAACUGUAGCUGGUAAUAUAGCGAUCCAAUCUGAAGCAUGAUGUGUUCAAGAAACGUGCCAGUUGAAUGGAGCUUUCUUCAAAUAGAUAAUGGAAUCCUAUCAUGUCCAGUUGCGACCAUUUUUUAGGCAGCAUUAUUUUUUUUUUUGUUAGCAUGGCCAAAUCCUUUCAUUUCGUAAAUCAAGAUCUGAAGCGGCUUGAGAUUUUUCCUCUUAUUUUGCUUAUAUUUGAGCCUGAUUUUUUCCCACCUUUUCACCCAUUUAAUGUUACAGUUGAGUCUAUUUGUAACCUUGAUUUUACAAAACUUAAAUUGCAAUUCACCGAAUGAUCUGCACAUAUCGGCACUGUGAUAAGAUGUUCAAGAUAAAUCUUAUAGUGACAUUUCUUUGGCUUUCUGCAAUUUUGCUCCCGUU